AAGGGAAGAAGGCCGAGUUAUAAUUAGUCUUCAGUUCGUCUGCGGCUCAUCCAGGGCAGGGAGCGCCCUGAGGGGCGAGAGGGAUGGGCUGUCCCCCCCCGUCUCCCCCCCCCGGCCAGGAGUAGGACCGGCCGGCAGAGGACUGGCCCAGCCGCCUGGGAAAAUAAUCAUCCCAAUAAGAAGAAAAAUAGUGUUCUUUGCAAAGGGCUCGUUCUGUGCCGGCCACUCUGCGAAACGCUGAGACGAGAUAAUCAGGUGUCUCUGGCCCUCUGAGGGCCCAGGAGUCCCCGGGCCAAGAUGUCCUCGGCCCUCACGGAGGAGCAGAAGAAGAAGAUCGAGGAGAACCGGCAGAAGGCCCUGGCCCGCAGAGCUGAGAAGCAGGCACAGCGCCAUCAGAGCCGCGGGCCGGGACCCCCCGGCCCCGCCGCCCCCACGGCCCCGCCGCAGCGCAACGGCCGGCCGGCCCACGGGGGCCAGGCCCCGGACGGCUCGAGGACCCGGACGUCCGGGGUAGUCCCUCCCCUCGGCCCUGCCGACCAGCCCACGGCCGGACUGAGGCCGGGCGAGGACCGACCGGACCGGCGGACUCCGGGGACCACCGCUCCCCCGCCCUUCCCCGCGGCAGGCCGGGAGCCCCCCACUUCUUCCCCGUCGGCCCCUCCGGCUAAUCCCCCAGGGCGGCCCGAGCGGGAGCCCGGCUACCGGCCCCCUGCCCCCGGCCCCGAGGCCUUCCGGGAGGAGGCGGCCGGCCGGCCCUGUGCUCGUCCGGGCCCGCGGGACCCUGGAGCCCCUUCCCGCGGGACCGGGACCCACGGGAAGUGUACCAGGAGGGCCGGGAACCGCUUCCAGGUGGAAGUCGGCUACGACGCCAAGCUCCUCGCCGUGUUCAAGAGUCUGCCCAGCAGGAUCUACGAUCCGACCACGCAGCUGUGGAACUUCAGCCUGGCCGACUACGGCGAUCUCAUGAAAGCCGUCCGGAGCCUCCCCGGGGUGUCCCUGCAGCCCCUGGCAGGGCCGGACACCGCCUCCGUCGGCGCCGGGGAGCCCCGGGCGGCCGCUCCCCCAGAGCCGGGAGGCCCCCCUUCGGCCCGCAUCCAGGGCCGCUGCGUGCUCCUCUCCCGCAGCCGCUUCGAGGUGGACGUCGGCUACUCCGCGGAGCUGGUGGGCCUCUUUCAGCAGAUGGGGUCCAAGAACUACGACGGGAAGACCCGCAAGUGGAAUUUUCUCUUGGAAGAAUACUCGAAGCUGAUCCAGGCCGCGCGCGGGCUCCCGGGCGUCCGGCUGGAGCCCCUGCCCCGCCCCGUGCUCCAGGCCUUCGCCGCCCAGCUGGACAAGACGUCUCCCCAACCGGCCGAAGUCCCCGAGGCCGACCUCUCCGGCGUCGACCCCCAGCUCGUCGGCAGUCUCAUGCCCUUUCAGAGGGAUGGGGUCAACUUCGCCGUCGCCAAGGAAGGGCGCUUGCUCCUCGCGGACGACAUGGGCCUGGGUAAGACCGUCCAGGCCAUCUGCAUCGCCGCCUACUACCGGGAGGAGUGGCCGCUGCUCGUGGUGACCCCGUCGUCCGUCCGCUUCGCCUGGGAGCAGGCCUUCCGGCGCUGGCUGCCCUCGCUGAGCCCGGGGAGCACCAACGUCCUGGUGACGGGCAAGGACAGGCUGGCGGGCGGCCUCGUCAACAUCGUCAGCUUCGACCUCCUCGGCAAGGUGGACAAGCCGCCCGGGACCGCCUUCCGCGUGGUCAUCGUCGACGAAUCCCAUUUCCUGAAGAACCUCAAGACGGUGCGCUGCCAAACUGCACUGCCACUGUUGAAGGCGGCCCGGAGGGUCAUCUUGCUGUCGGGGACGCCGGCCAUGUCCCGCCCAGCGGAGCUGUACACCCAGAUCGUCGCCGUCCGCCCCGACGCCUUCCCGCAGUUCCACUCCUUCGCGCUGCGCUACUGCGACGCCAAAAAGCAGCGCUGGGGCUGGGACUACUCGGGCUCGUCCCACCUCGGGGAGCUGAAAAUCCUGCUGGAAGAGACCGUCCUGCUCCGCCGCCUCAAGGCCCAAGUGCUCGCCCAGCUCCCGGCCAAGCAGCGCACGAUGGUGGUCAUGGGCCCCGCGGGGAUGAGCCCCAAGGCCCGGGCCGUCCUGGAGGCCGCCGCCGGGGACGUGGCCGCCCUCACUCGGAACAAGAGGCAGCAGAAAGAAGCCCUCCUCAUCUUCUUCUCCCGAACGGCGGAAGCCAAGCUCCAGUCUGUCGUGGAAUACAUCCUGGACCUGCUGGAAAGCGGGAGAGAGAAGUUCCUCGUGUACGCUCACCACCGGUUGGUUCUGGACGGGAUCUGCGCCGCGCUGGACAGAAAGGACAUCGGCCACAUCCGCAUCGACGGCUCCACCUCUUCGGCCGAUCGCCAGGCCCUGUGCCAAGCUUUCCAGCGGUCCACGAGGCCCACGGUGGCCGUCCUGUCCAUCACCGCGGCCAACAUGGGGCUCACGCUGUCCUCGGCCGACCUGGUGGUCUUCGCCGAGCUGUUCUGGAACCCGGGGGUGCUGAUCCAGGCCGAGGACCGUGUCCAUCGCAUCGGCCAGACCCGCUCCGUCAGCAUCCACUACCUGGUGUCCAGAAACACGGCCGACGACUACCUGUGGCCCCUGAUCCAGGAGAAGAUUAAAGUUCUCGGCCAGGCCGGGCUGUCCCACUCCAAUUUCUCCGAAACCACGGAAACCACGGGCUUCUUCUACAAGGACCCGAAGCAGAAGACGAUCUACGACCUUUUCCAGACUUCCUUCGCCGAGGACGAGGACCCCUCGGAGGAAGCGCUGCUGCUGGAGGCGGCGGGAGCCUCCGAAGCCCCAGAGACCUCCGGGGCAGCAGGGAAUGACUUCCCGGCGCCCGGAGGCCCGCCCGAGGGGACCCCUCUCUCCGCUAGUCCCAAUAAGAGGCGGCGGAUGGAGGACUUCUUCGCCCAGUCUUGACCGUGGCAGGGAACGCCUGUGAUUCUUUGGGCCAGGGACGGGACGUGGAAGAGGCCACGGACCCUGGGUAUUUUAACGCACUGUUCACUGGAAUAAAGCGGGGGGCUUCAAGCUCA